AUGACGGCUAUUAAGUGUAAACGUUGCAAAGAGAAUGACGCUACCGUUAAAUCCAGAAAAGAACCAUUUUGUGAUGCAUGUUUUUUGAAGUUUGUAAGCUUGAAACAGAGAAAAUUGAUGAUGACUGAUGAAUUCUAUAGAGAUCAUUUCAAAGUUUUAUAUGGCAAAGAUUUGAAGAAUAAUGGGGUCUCAAAAAUUGUAGUACCGUUUGAUUUUAGUUCUUCUUCUUUUAGUGCACUCGAUGUUCUGGUAAGUCUAUUAAAGGAACAAAAUUUACAACAUCGUGGAAGAGUCGGUUUUAGAGUUAAAAUUAUCACGGUAUUUAAAAAUGAACAAGAAAGAGAGCUUUUCGAACAAUCAUGGAAGAUGUUUAGAAAUUCAGACAUAUAUGAUGACCAAGUUUGGUUACAAUUUGAGUGGCACCUGAUCAAUGCUGAAUCCUUCUUUCGUGAUGCGAAGGAUUUACAACAGAUUAUAUUACAUCACCAGGAUUUUAAUUCAAUGGGAUUGCAGUAUGAAUUAAAAGAUAACUCUGAGUAUAAUAUCGAAGUCCUAUUAGCUCGUUGUCCAAACAGAAAUACCAGAAAUGAUAUGUGGAUCUUUAUAGUGAGUCAUCUAAUUAAGAAAUUUGCAUACCAACAAACAGAUUGCGAAGUUAUAUUAUGGGCACAUUCUAUGACAAAAUUAGCAGACCAUAUCAUUGGCUUAGUUGUGAAGGGCAGAGGUGCACAAAUUGCUGCCUCAUUAAACUCCACAGUUUUUGAUAGUGAUUAUGGUGCAAGAUUCAAAAACCUCUAUCCUUUGAAGAACACACUUCUCUCAGAAUUAGAUGCUUACUGCAUUAUUACAGGACUGAAUAAAUACAUUGUUAAUUAUACUGUUAAGAACGAUUUGAUGAUUACAAAGGAUAUCAAAGAGAAAAGUGCUGAUCUCAGCCAGAAUGUACGUUUAGUCAAAAAUAUGACAAUCAAUGAAUUAGCUCGGAAGUACUUUAAUGACAUCGAAGGGGAAUAUUCCAAUAUUAUAGCUACAGUUUUGAGAACUGGUGACAAAUUGAAGCCACCUACUAUUAUAAAUAAACCAGAAGGUUAUAGUAAUGAAAUAUCGAAAUGCUCUAUUUGCUUAAACACUAUAUACUCUAACCCCUCGGAGUGGCUGAGAAAUAUUGCCAUUAAUAGAGGACAUCCAAUCGAAACUAAGGAAGAACAGGAAUUAUAUAAACAAUGGCAAUCAUCACAAGUAGGUAUUCAAACUGAAGUAUAUUUAACUUUAAGAAAUAAGGCAUGGAGUGAAGGCCACGAUAUACCAUUAUGUUACGGCUGCAUUAUCAACCUUAAUGGGAUUAAAACUAGGGAAAUAAUUUGGCCGAAACAUGAAGAAGACGAACUGGAAAACGUUUUAAACGAAUUUGAACUGAGCGAUUAA